AUGCAUAACACUUCUAAGACUAAUAUUUUUAUUUUUUAUCUUUUGGUUGGGUAUUGUUUUUCAUCAGAAAUUAAAAUAUUACAAAUAUCAGACAUCCAUUAUAAUAAUGCAUUCAAUAUCGAUUAUCCAAAUCAAUGGUGCCAAUCAAGUGACUUAACUCCUAAAACUGAUUUGAGUCAUAGAUAUGGUAUUAUUAAUUGUAAUCCCCCUAUUGAUCUUAUUGAUGCUGUUUUUGAACAUUCAUCAAAACAAGCAAAAUAUUCGGCAAUAGUAUUAUCAGGAGAUAUUUGCUCUCAUGAAUUAACAGACUCACUUUAUCGUCAAUGUAAUGAAGUAUUAGUUAAGAAAUUGAAACAAUAUUUUGGUACUACUCCAAUUAUUUUUGCAAUGGGAAAUAAUGACACACCAACUCCAAAAAAUAUAACAUGCUCUGAUCAAUAUUAUGAAUUUUUAUAUAACAAAUUUGUUGAUUAUAUUCCAACAAAUCAAAAAGAACAAUACCUUCGUAAUGCAUGUUAUAGUCAAACUGUUGAUGGUCAAUUAUAUAUUGUUAUUAACACUAAUUUAUUAAAUCCAUUCCAGCACAAUGACUGUGGUGUUUUAGAUUGGUUAGAAAAUCAACUUUCUAUUGCUAAAGCAUCAUCACUUCAUCCAAUUAUUGUUGGUCAUAUUCCACCAGGAGUUUCUUCUUAUGACCUUAAAGCACAACUCAAAGAAGAAUAUCAAAAUCGUUUAUUUACAAUAAUUAAGAAAUAUAAAUCAACUAUAAAUUCAUUAUUACUUGGGCAUAUUCACCGUGAUGAGUUUAGAUUACUUCCAUCAGAAGAUCCAGUUGUUAUGUUAGUUGCUAUUGGAAUUAGUCCUGUUUAUACUAAUAACCCUGGAUAUAAAAUCUUUUCAACAACACCAAAUAGAGCAGAAGGGUAUAUUGACUCAAUUCAAUACACUAUGAACCUUAAUGAAUCAAAUAAUCAAAAAUUCCCAGUAUGGUUUGAACCUUAUUCUUUUAUUUCAGAAUACCAAGUAAAAGAUAUUUCUAUUUCAUCAUUACAACAAGUUAAAUCUUUAAUCUUUAAUGAUGUCAUGAAAGGGUCAUUGUACCGAUGGAGAACUGUUGGAUUAUAUGAUCGUAAUGAAGUCCAAAUUAAAUGUGCUAUAACAGCUACUUCAAAAGAAGAAAUGUUACAAUGCACUAAAUCACCAACUUGUGUUGGUUUAAAAUAUUAA